UCCUAACGCGCAGUCAUGACUAAAGUAACGCUUUACGGCCUGGACGCGAGUCCACCAGUGCGGGCAGUUCUUAUGACGCUUAAGGCGCUCGACCUCAACUACGACUAUGUGCUGGUCAAUAUUUUGGCUGGGGAGCACUUGGCGCCCCACUAUAUUGAGAAGAAUCCACAACACACUGUGCCCACCUUGGAGGAUAAUGGCCAUUUUCUUUGGGACUCGCAUGCCAUAAUGCCGUAUCUGGUGGAUAAGUAUGCCAAGAACGGUGCGCUCUAUCCCAAGGAUGCAUAUCAGCGUGCCAUUGUUAAUCAGCGCUUGCACUUCGACUCUGGUAUGAUGUUUAUCGGAGCACUGCGAAAUAUAGUCCGACCCUUGUUAUUUAUGAACGAAACGGAAAUACCGCAGUCUAGAAUCAAUGCGCUGGACGAAGUGUAUGGUUUUGUGGAGACCUUUCUGGCUGAAAAUGAUUACGUAGCGGGCAUGGAGCUAACAAUAGCAGACUUCAGCUUCGUCUCCACGCUCACCUCGCUGGAAACUUUCUUGGAGAUUGAUGCCUCCAAAUAUGGAAAACUGACAGCCUGGCUAGAGCGGAUGAAACAGUUGCCCUACUAUGACGAGGCCAAUGGCAGUGGUGUGGCACAAUUUUCAGGCCUGAUGAGGUCAAAGAACUUUACGAUUGUGCCCUAAAACUGCAGCAAACAGAAUCGUCAUUCAGAUUAAAUAUACAAAUACAGAGUCAUCUUGUAGGCACCUACAAAGCCUAGUUUUUGCACCCAAAAUUGUGAAGUUUUUUCAUUUCAAAGCCAUUGGCACACAUAGUAGCUGAGCAAGUAAUUACUUGUAUAUCUAUAAGUAUUACUAAUACACCCUGUAGAGCCGCCAGUUUUCUUUGAGCA